AUGCAACCCGGACUCGACCCACACGACGCGCAUGGAGGAGGGAGAAAGAACAUCUACAUGGAGGUCCCUAGCGAGGGCUCAAAGGCGAAGUUCCAUUUGCGGAGAUGGGUCGACGUGGCGCAGAAGGUGCGCAAACACGUCACCGGGUGCUCUGUCAACAGCCGUGCCCGAGCACAAGAAGGGUCGGGGCCGCAGGGAGCAGGGGAGGACGCGGUCAAAGGAGCAGCAUGCAAGAGCACACGGAACACGAACCCGCCGAGCAAAUGCACGCUCAGCUCGACUCACGGUGGUACAUACGGGGCCUGGGCGAGUGGCAGCGCGCUGAGCGAGAAAAGCAGGCUGGAGCGCGCCGAGCACCAGCCGAGGGAGCAUGAGAUUGGCGAGGAGCUCGUCUGGAACGAGAACAGAUGGGCCCCUGCCAGUGGGCACACAGUCGACGAGGGCCCUGGGCGAUGGUCGUCUCCGUUCGAGAUGGGCAAGAUUCGCUAUGGGGUCGGCAUAGUCACUAAGUACGGCCCAUCGUCCACUCGCGCCAAAAAUCACGGGAUUGCCCUUUUUGGAAGGACGAACCCUGUUGGGUCGGUACUCGUCAAUCACCCGCCCUCUCCCACUACCUCCCCCCUUCCUUCUCCACCUCCUGUUACUCCCUCGGUGCCCCUCAACAUCGGAGACACACAAUCCUCCAAACUCGACACGUCGACGGCACACAAACACAACCACAUCAGCGUGUUCGCGACACGUCUCAAACCAGCGCGACAGACGGACAUGCCGGGCUCUAGUGGCGCCUCAAAUCGCCGCUGGAGCCAUGAAGCUGCGAGAGCCGACGACGCCCGACCCAUCUCCUACCGCGCGCUGACUGUCCCCUACGAGAUCAGCCCCAGCGAGCACGACCAUGCUAAGGACCAGGAUGCGCAGUGGUCGCCUCCUGAGGCGCUGCCUGACAAUCAGGAGCCCCCGCGGCAAGAGUCGGCCCAGGAAUACUUCACCAAGCAGGAGCCACUCGUGGGGGCCUCCGGCGAGCGUAAGCACACUAACAACGAGCCCGCAAAGCAAGACCCUACCGGACACAAUCACUUUGAGCGCGACGCAGAGCAGCACGAUGCGGAUGUACGCGACGGGGACGUGCGUGGUGAUACCGUGCGUGGCCAGGAUGGCGAUGGCAAGCAGGAGCUUGCCAAGGGCCACCCCGCGAAAGCCGACGGCAAACAUGACCAGGAGAAUGUCCAGGACAUGGACGAUCGGCUCGUACGUGCCUAG